GUUUUCCAGACGCCCGAGUCCAUCAAUAUAACUACUCUACAGAAGAAUUGGAUGGUGUUGGAGGGAUAUUGUCUAAUAGUUUCAGCAUUUAAAUGAAGAUUUGGAGCAGGCUAUGAUUGAGAAAGAAUAGGUAGAGCCAGAAUAUGAUUCAAUGAUAAAAAGUGGUACGAGACAGUGAACCUGCCUGUUUUAGUGCAUUUGGAUUGAUUCAAGGCCAAGCAAAUAUAUUCUUCUCUUCUGAGAUUGUGGCCCUGCUAAACUUCUGCAUUACCAUCACCCUUUUUCCAAUAGCAUCUACACAAGAGAUAUGUCUUGCAUCUUUGGAAGGACAUACUCUGAUUUAACACACCAGAAAUGCUAUGCAAUAAGUUUGGAUAAAAAGUCAAAUAUCUCCAGGUCAACGCCACAAUCGUCAAGUGUGAAAGCAACAGGUGGUGGCAGCGAAGCCGUCCAUGUUGUGGAUGUUCAGAUGAGUGCACACAUGGCGCACAGUCAUUGGUUGACUUGCAUGAUGAAUGGAGUCUGAUGUCAGCGCAAAGACGGCGUGGCGUGCUUUAAUUGGAUGUCCACCAUGGACUUCUAAGCCACAAUUGCAACACCAGCACUUGGUUUCAAUGCAAAUGGGACAAAGGGUAGGCUUUCUUGGCCCCAGACAGCAGCCCAUGAAGCACACCGGCUCUUCGUUGAAGCCUGGGAAGCUCUACCGGGGUGUCCGGCAGCGUCACUGGGGGAAAUGGGUGGCAGAAAUACGGUUGCCACGCAGCAGAACACGCCUUUGGCUUGGCACCUAUGACACAGCUGAGAAUGCUGCCUUGGCCUAUGACAAUGCCUCCUUUAAGCUCAGAGGAGACAAUGCAAAGCUCAACUUCCCAAAGCUUCAGAAUAAUGCAGCCCUUCUGGGUUCAUUCCUGCAUGCCUCUGUUAACGCCAAGCUGCAAGCCAUUUGCCAGAGGAUGAACAAUUCUGAUAAAUCUGACAAUUCUGUUCAAGCUGUUGAUUCUGUGGUGACACCUGGAGAAUCAAAAGAGGAAUCGAAGACGGAGAGCUCAUCGUCAGGUACCGACAUCGAUUGCUGCUCUUUAGAGUCUUCUUCAUCAGCUCCAAAAAUGGAGCAUUUGGAUUUCACUGAGGCUCCAUGGGAUGAAUCAGUCAAGCUGUGCAAGUAUCCUUCAUUGGAGAUUGAUUGGGAUUCAUUACUCUUAUGAUGUCUGGUUUGCUUCUUGUUUUCAUGGUUUGAUUGAUGCCCUCCUCUUGCAAAUGAAAUUUUUGGCAUUUGCAGUGAUUGUGAUCAAUCAUGGUGUGGAUGAUGAAGGUCAUUAGAUUGUGACAUUUUUAUGUUGCUAGAUCUUCCGGUUUGCUGGUAUUUUUCAUCUUGGCAUUACCAGACACUGGAUUUGGUGUCUUUUCUACAUGCAAUUUUCAUUUGUUACUCUGUUUAUCAAUGUAUUCUUGUUUGAUGUUUAUGAAUUACUCUUUAUCUUUUAUUUGGUUAUUUGGCAAACUAUAUAUUGGAUAUUAAAUGAUUA